CUUUCAAUCUUUAAAAAAAAAAAAAAACCUUUCUGCUUUCAAAGCAAAUACUAUUCAAUACUUUGAAGAAUUCUGUAGCCUUAAGCUAAAGUAUUGUUGGGUUCGUGGUGCCACAAAGCAAGGACUUUAUCUAUUCCAUUUCAAGUAAUUGAGGAGGAGUGUGUAUCUUCCACAACCAAAGCAUAAACAUUCAAAGAAGGCUAUGGCUUCUUCUUCAUCAUCUUCUCCUCACAAAAAACACGAUGUUUUUAUCAGUUUUAGAGGGGAAGACACUCGCGCCAAUUUUACAAGCUUUCUUCAUGCGGCUUUGUGUAAAAACCACAUCGAAACCUACAUAGACUAUAGGAUCAAAAAAGGAGAAGAGGUUUGGGAAGAACUUGAAAAAGCAAUUAAAGCAUCCGCUUUAUUUUUGGUUGUGUUCUCAGAAAACUAUGCAUCUUCAACAUGGUGUUUGAAUGAACUCGUUGAAAUAAUGAAGUGCAAAAAAAAUGACGAAGACAACGUUGUUGUUAUUCCUGUGUUCUACCGUAUAGAACCUUCACACGUCCGAAAGCAUACAGGAAGUUACCAAACGGCGUUGGCGAAACAAAAGAAACAAGGCAAAGAUAUGAUUCAAAGGUGGAAGAAUGCUCUCUUUGAAGUAGCUAAUUUAUCUGGCUUCGAUUCAAGUACAUAUAGGACUGAAAAUGACUUGAUUGAAGACAUCAUCAAAGUAGUUUCCCAAAAUCUGAAUCAAAAGUAUACCAAUGAACUUAGAUGUUUGUUCAUACCAGAUGAAAACUAUUCAAGCAUUGAAUCAUUAUUAAAAAAUGAUUCAAGCGAAGUUAGAACUAUUGGAAUUUGGGGCAUGGGAGGUAUAGGAAAGACAACCCUUGCUGCUACCAUAUUUCAGAAGGUAUCUUCCAUAUAUGAAGGUAGUUGCUUCCUAGAAAAUGUCACAGAAGAAUCAAAGAGACAUGGGCUCAGUUACACAUACAACAGACUUUUUUCUAAGUUACUAGGGGAAGAUCAUGGUAUUGACACUACCAAAGUAAUAUCAUCUAUUGUUAUGAAAAGACUCAAACGCAUGAAAGCUUUCAUUGUACUAGAUGAUGUUCGUACUUUAGAACUUCUAGAAAAUUUGAUUGGAGUAGGGCACGAUUGCCUUGGAGCUGGUAGCAGAGUCAUUGUGACAACCAGAGAUAAGCAUGUGUUAACAGGAGGAGGAAUUGACGAAAUUCAUCAAGUUAAGGAAAUGAACUCUCAAAACUCCAUGAGGUUGUUCAGCUUGAAUGCCUUCAAAAAAAUCCUUCCCAAUGAAGGAUAUGAGCAGAUAUCAAACAAUGUAGUUUCUUAUGCAAAAGGAAACCCUUUGGCUUUGAAAGUUCUGGGUUCAUUUCUUCGUACAAAAAGUAAAAGAGAAUGGGAUAGUGCUAUAAAUAAACUGAAGGAAAUUCCCAAUGCUGAAAUUCAAAAGGUGUUGAGAUUAAGCUAUGAUGAAUUAGAUGAUACAGAGAAAAAUAUAUUUCUAGACAUUGCAUGUUUUUUCAAAGGAUGUGGAAGCAGCAGCAGUGUAACAAAAAUAUUAAAUGCCUGUGGUUUCUUUGCAGAUAUUGGGAUAAGAAACCUUUUUGACAAGGCUCUUGUAACUAUUACUUCAAACAAUCACAUACAGAUGCAUGAUUUGAUACAAGAAAUGGGUAGGGAAAUUGUUCGUGAAGAAUCUAUCAAAAACCCUGGAGAACGCAGUAGAUUGUGGAAUGCUGGUGAAAUUUGUGAUGUGUUGACAAACAAUAAUGGGACCAGUGCAGUUGAAAGCAUAUGCUUAUAUAUGGAUCAAACCAUCUGCAUAAAUUUGAGCUCUAAUGCAUUCACAAAGAUGCCAAACCUAAGAUUACUUGCUUUCGAAGGCCAUAAUUAUGUGCAUCUUCCAGGGGGGCUUGAUUUUUUGCCUAACAACUUGAGAAGUUUUGGAUGGAGUGCAUAUCCAUUAAAUUCUCUACCAUCAAAUUUUUCUCCUUGGAAUCUUGUUGAACUUAGCCUUCCAUAUAGCAACUUGGAAAAACUUUGGAACGGAGCACAGAAUUUGCCGAGUUUAGAGAGAAUUGACCUUGGUAAGUCUACACGCUUAAUAGAGUGUCCAAAUUUUUCAAAUGCCCCAAAUCUUAAGCAUAUAAAUCUUGAAAAAUGUGAAAGCAUGUCUCAUGUUGACCCAUCUAUUUUCAAUCUCCCAAAUCUUGAAGAGUUAGAUGUGAGUGGAUGUAAGUCACUUAAGAGCCUCUACAACAGCACUCGUUCACAAUCUUUCAAGAGACUUUUUGCAUAUAAAUGUUACAAUCUCCAAGAGUUCAUAUCAAUGCCCCAAAACACUAAUGAUCCUUCCACAACCACAACUGGGUUGACAUCAUCAACUUUGCACAUCAGAAAUUUUGAAGUAGUAUUUUCUGUUCACAUCUCUGAGAGUCUUCUGGAUCUUCCUGAAAACUUUGCAAACUAUAUCGUACUUUCUCACCCAAAGAUGAAUAAGCAACACACUUUAACCACCUUGCAUAAAGUACUCCCUAGCCCUUGCUUUAGGUAUGUUAGACGUUUAAUUUUCAAUGCGUGUCACAAUUUAUCUGAAAUCCCAGACAGCAUCUCCUUGCUAUCAUCAUUGGAGUUUUUAAGACUAUUUGCCUGUCCUGUCAUAAGCUUACCUGAAAGCAUUAAUUGUCUUCCAAGACUCAAGUUUCUUGAAGUUGGUUACUGUGAAAUGCUUCAAUCUAUACCUUCUCUUCCACAAUCAAUUCAGUGGUUCUAUGUUUGGGACUGUGAAUCUCUUCAGAAUGUGUUGAAUUCAACAAAUGAACAAACCAAAAAACACCAAAAUAAGUGUACUGUUCUCCUCCCUAACUGCCUAGAAUUGGAUCAACAUUCAUUUGUUUCCGUUUUGAAAGAUGCCAUUGUAAGGAUUGAACUUGGAGCAAAACCAAUACUACCCGAAGAUGUAUUAGAAAACAAUGAAGAAGCAUCUUCAGAUGAUGAUAAUGAUGAUGUUGAUGAUGUUGAUGAUAGAUAUAUUUAUGACAAUUUAAUAGAAGGUAAGAUUUUCUACAUGUUACCAGCUGGUAAUUUUAAAAUUGGAGACUGGUCCCCUUACCAUUCUACACAAAAUUGUGUGACUAUUGAUCUUCCCCGUAGUGAUAAUUUGGGUAUCAUUUUCUACUUGGUUCUUUAUCAAGCUCAACCAUAUCGCAUUGAAGAUGGUGGAAGUUUUGGAUGUGAAUGCUACUUAGAAACCACUUCCGGUGAAUGUAUUAGUAUAAAGAGUUUCUUUGUAGAUGAAAGAGUGUUGGCUCAUUCUCGUACUUCAUUUAACAUGAUGUCGGAUCAUUUGUUUUUAUGGUACGACACACAAUGUUGCGAGCAAGUAAUGGAAGCUAUCAAAGAAAUAAAAGCCAAUGCCAUGAGUGCCAUUCACAAUUCAAAGCUUACAUUUAAAUUCUUGGCUCGUACUGAAAAAAAUAUGGAAACAGCGAUAAAAGAGUGUGGUUUUCGAUGGAUAUAUUCCUCAGAAGGUCAAGUUGUCGAGGAAGAAGGAUGUGAAUCUGAGACAAAUAAGGAAACUCACACAGUGGACGGUUCUGAAUCUGAUGAGCAAGAAGAAACAGUUCCAGCAGCAAUGAAUUUUCAGCAAAGUGUCUAUGGAACUCCCAAUCUGGAAGCAGUAGAAACAAAAGACUUAAGGGGUGUGCUUGAAGAACUCUUGCAUAUUGGAUUUGGCGGAGAACUCAUGUCAUAAAAUUCUGUUGCAGCUUAUGUAAAGUCAUGCAGACAAUAAUUGAACCGAUUGAACUAGUUGAAUCAUGACUUAGAUGUCUCACCGGUUCAAUCUCUAGUCAGUUUUUCUUUUUAUAAUAUUAUAAGCAAUUGUUAGGCUCGUUAGGAGCUUAUGUCAUCUCUUUAAGUUGGUUUCAGCUUAUGUUCUUAAGCUCUCUAUAAUAGCUCAUGAAAAGAAAAUUUUAUAAAAACAUUUAAAGGCUUAUGUGAAAAUACUUUGACUUUAA